CAAUUCUCUGAUCUCCGAGGAAAGCUCCCGACCGACCGGCUGGAGAUUAGUGCUUUGAUAAGAGAAGCAGCAUGUGGACCGAUCUCGCUGGCAAGGUAAUCCUGGUGACCGGUGCUGGGGCCGGCAUUGGCCAGGCUCUGGUUAAGCAGCUGGCCAGCUCUGGCGUCAGCGUCAUUGCGGUGGCCAGGAAGGAGGAGCAGCUCAAGGAAUUGGUUUCCUUUGAUCCGAAACACAUCCAGCCGCUGCAGCUGGACCUUAGCGAGUGGCAGAAGGUGCGUGAGGUCUUGGCCAAGGUCCCACUGCUGGACGGAUUGGUGAACAAUGCCGGAGUGGCCAUCAUCAAACCGUUUGAGGAGCUCACUGAGCAGGACUUUGACACCCACUUUGAUGUCAACAUCAAGGCCGUGUUCAAUGUAACCCAGGCCCUUCUGCCACGCCUGCGGGAUGGUGCCUCCAUUGUCAACGUGUCCUCGAUUGCAUCUUCGCGAUCCUUUGCCGGCCACACCGCCUACAGUGCCACCAAGGCGGCUCUCGAUUCGCUGACCAAGUCACUGGCCCUCGAACUGGGUCCUCGCAAGAUCCGCGUUAACUCGGUCAAUCCCACUGUGGUGCUGACCAAAAUGGGACGCGACAACUGGACGGAUCCGGCCAAAAGCGGUCCCCUGUUGGCCCACAUACCGCUGAAUCGUUUCUGUGAGGUGCACGAGGUGGUGGACGCUACCGGUUAUCUGCUGAGCAGCAAGUCCACCUUCGUCAAUGGCCAUCACAUUCUGCUCGAGGGAGGCUAUUCCGUUUCGUAAAUCUGAAAACUCGAAAACUGAUUACAAAAAUUGUUACAAUGAAAAAUAAAGCAGUUUAAAAAUUUUAA